AUGGGCUCACUAGCAAAGUCUGUUAUCGAGUCGUCUGUUGACCGGCUAACAAUGCUGUCAAAAGCAAUUGAAGAGAAGACGCGCAUCUUGACCGAUACACUGCGAGCAAAGGGGCUUGGAGCCCCUUCUUACCAGGCAAACGGUCUUUCAGAUUUCCCUCUGAAUGAGGUGGGCGAUGAAGCCAUCAGGGCUAGACAGGAGAUUGUGGCACUGACCAAAGAGCUUCACGAUCUCGUUUUGGGUCCUCGCGAAUGUUUAAAGACCGUGGCCUGGGAUGUAAGUCGUAAUUGUCAAAUCUUUGACUUAUGGAGAAUACCAUUGGCAGGGUCAAUCUCGUAUGGAGACCUCGCGGUUGAAAUACACCGUUUAUCUGGCACUACCAUAAUACCGUCAGAUCUACGACGUCUUCUGCGCCUUUCUAUUGCCAACAACAUCUUUCAGGAGCCAAAUAUUGGCUCGGUUGCUCAUAAUCGGGCAUCCUUGCUUCUGUUAGACGACGCGGCAUUGGCCAACUGGGUUGCAUUUUUCACCAUGGAUAUGAUGGCUCCUAUAGCUAACACAGUUGCCGCCAUGAAGAAGUGGCCUGGAUCUCAAGAGACAAACGAGACAGGGGUCAACAUUACGUUUGACCACAAGGAUAGCUUUUUCGACCAUCUGCAGGCGGACGAGGCUCGGGCAAAGCGAUAUGCUAUAAUGCUGCAGUCUCAUGGUAGCCGAGAAGGGUACGACAUAUCGCAUACCGUUUUAGGAUAUCCUUGGGCAAGGCUAGGCGCAUCAACUGUUGUCGACAUGGGCGGCAGCGAAGGAGUUGUCUCGUUUGCGGUGGCAGACGAAUUUCCCCAGCUGCGGUUCAUUGUACAGGAUUUGGCCGGCAUGCGCACGCCCGAAGCCAUGGACAAGAUACCCAAGCAUCUGACCAAUCGAGUAUCCCUCACGACGCAUGACUUCUUUCAGCCCCAGACGGAAAGUGCAGAUGCUUAUUUGUUUCGGCACAUCUUUCAUGCAUUUUCGGACAAGUACACCAUCGAAAUCCUUCGCGCCCUGGUUCCCGCUCUGCGGCCCGGUGCUCGCAUCAUCAUCAAUGACAUUGUUUUGCCGGUUCCAGGCCUGCUCUCGCAGUUGGAAGAGAAGAGUAUCCGGACUAUGGAUGUGUUGAUGAAAGCAGUGUGCAAUUCACGAGAACGGGAGGUGGAUGACUGGAAGAGCCUGUUUGAGCAAGCAGAUAAGAGGUUUCGAUGGCAGGGCGCGUGGAAGUCGAGUGGCAAGCUGUGGUUUAUUGAGAGUACAUGGGAGCCUUAG